CCCAAGUUUACUUUGGCCAUCUACCACGCCACUCCCAACAUCUACCUACACCCAUCCAUCUCCCUCAACCCCCAAAACAGCAAAAUAAUCAUGCCACGCCCAACAGCCACAUCCCGCGUCCUCAACACCACCGAACUCCUAGAACUCAUCCUCCACCCCAUCCCACCCCUCGAGCUUCUCACCACCCUCACGCGCGUAUCCCGCAAAUUCCACGCCGUAAUCCUCGCCUCGCCAUCCCUCUUCUUCCGCCCAGACGCCACCAUCCCUCCCACCAAAUGGAUCCUCAACCCUUUUCUCCGCAACAAAUUCAAACUCUGGUUCAUCAACUACACACGUCCCGAGGAUUUCCCCUCCGUCGCUAGGAUCACCGCAGAUGUCAUCGGCCACGUUGGCGACGCGAAGCGAGAUAUCUUUCUCCGGCCGGAGGCAAGCUGGCGCCGUAUGCUCGUCAUUCAACCGCCGCCGAAAGUUCUCACUGUUGUGCAAAUCGCGUCAGGGUGGGAGGACCUGUAUUCGCUUCCUUCGCGAGCUGUGGUUUCAUUCGAGGAGGAGAAGGGAGAGUGUGGUGUCACUAUGGGAGCCAUCUACGAUAUUACCGUGUCGAUGUCGUUUUUCUACUUCAAUGUGCAAUUUGGAUUGUUUGUUAAGAGUCAAGAUGGGGAACCGCCUCAGAUGACUCUGGCAUUGUAUACGGGACCGAGAAGGGAUGAGAGUUCAAGCAAUGAGGUGCGUUCCCGUGAGGAUUCGACUAGUAUACGGUCGAGAGCGGAGGAGCGGUGGGAUUGUGGGGAUCGUGUGAAGUUGGAACAGGUCGAAGAGAGGAUGGCGAUUCCCUGGGGAUGAAUGAUCUUACGCCUGAGCGAGGGACGUUGUCCAUAUAUGAGUAUGUGGAGAUGAGGAUUGCGGAUCAUCAGAAGGGUAGAUAAGAAUAAC